ACAAUGAAGAAACACGAUCCUUGAGUUCACUAUUUACUGUGUGCGGAGCGCAUAAAAACUUGUUUGCGCGGAUAUUUGUCUCUUUAUUCUUAUUUCUGACUCCAUUCUUCCUUCUUUCGUGUACUUGACAAAAGAGACUUGUUUGUGGACUAAGAACAAGUAGUGGAAUAUCUUUCUUUUCCUUUACCAAUUGAUGUUCGUUUCUUUAUAAGUAUCUCUGUCCUCAUCCUAUCAGAUUGCGAAGUUUUUCAAGCUACUGAGAAAAAAAGAAAAGGAAAAACAAUAAGAGAAAAAAAAAUGGCUGAAAUUCUUCUUACAGCAGUCAUCAAUAAAGCUGUAGAUAUAGCUGCAAAUCUACUCUUUCAAGAAGGAACGCAUUUGUAUUCUUUGAAAGAGGACAUCGACUGGCUGCAGAGAGAAAUGAGACAUAUUCAAGCAUACAUAGAUGACGCAAAGGCCAAGGCAACUGAAGGCGAUUCAAGGGUGAAAAUCUUAAUAAAAGAUAUUCAAGAAUUGGCAGGUGAUGUGGAGGAUCUCUUAGAUGAGUUCCUUCCAAAAAUUCAACAAUCCAACAAGUGCAAAGGCGCAAUCUGUUGUUGCCUUAAGACCACUUGCAUCCCUUCUCAUGCUUCUUUUGCCGAUGAGUUUGCUAUGGAGAUCGAGAAGAUAAAGAAAAGGGUUGUUGACAUUAACCGUGUAAGGACAACUUACAACAUCAUGGAUACAAGUAACAACAAUAAUGAUUGCAUUCCAUUGGACCGGAGAAGACUAUUCCUUUAUGCUGAUGAAACAGAGGUCUUCGGUUUGGAUGAUGACUUCAAUGUGCUACAAGCCAAAUUACUUGAUCAAGAUUUGCCUUACGGAGUAGUUUCCAUAGUUGGCAUGCCCGGUCUGGGGAAAACAACUCUUGCCAAGAAACUUUAUAGGCAUGUUCGUGAUCGAUUUGAGUGUUCGGGACUGGUCUAUGAGUCACAACAACCAAGAGAGAGAGAAAUCUUACUUGACAUAGCCAAACAAUUUGGAGUGACAGAAGAGGAAAGGAAAGAUAACUUGGAGGACAACCUAAAAUCCCUCUUGAAAACAAAAAGGUACGUUAUUCUCUUAGAUGAUAUUUGGGAUGUUGAAAUUUGGGAUUAUCUGAAACUUUACCUUCCCGAAUGUGAUUCAAAAAUUGGCAGUAGGAUAAUUCUCACAUCUAGAAAUAGCAAUAUAGGAAGAUACGUAGGAGGGGAUACCUCGCUCCACAUAUUGCAACCCCUAGAUUCAAAGAACAGCUUUGAACUCUUUACCAAUAAAAUAUUUCAUUUUGAUAAUAACGAUUGGGCCAAUGCUUCCCCAAACUUGGUUAAUAUUGGUAGAGAUAUAGUUGGGAGAUGUGGAGGUAUACCACUAGCCAUUGUAGUGACUGCAGGCAUGUUAAGAGCAAGAGAAAGGACAGAACAUGCAUGGAAGAGAGUACUUGGGAGUAUGGGUCAUAAAAUUCAUGAUGGAUGUGCUAAGGUAUUGGCUUUGAGUUACAAUGAUUUGCCCAUGGCAUCUAGGCCGUGCUUCUUGUAUUUUGGUCUUUACCCUGAGGACCAUGAAAUUCGUGCUUUUGAUUUGAGAAACAUGUGGAUUGCUGAGAAGUUGAUAGUAGUAAAUAGUGGUAAUAGGCGAGAGGCUGAAGAUUUGGCAGAUGAUGUCCUAUAUGAUUUGGUCUCUAGAAACUUGAUUCAAGUUGCCAAAAGGACAUACGAUGGAAGAAUUUCAAGUUGCUGCAUACAUGACUUGUUACAUAGUUUGUGUGUAGAAUUGGGCAAGGAAAGUAACUUCUUUCACACCGAGCAUAGCGUGUCUGGUGAUUCCUACAAUGUUGCCAGGCUGAAAAGGAUUACAUUUUACUCUGAUAAUGUCAUGAAUGACUUCUUCUAUUCAAAUCCUAAGCCUAAAAAGCUUCGUGCACUUUUUUGUUUCACAAAACGCCCUUGCAUAUUUUCUCUAAUGGCUCAUCUUGAGUUCAAAUUAUUGCAAGUGCUGGUUGUAGUCGUUUCGGAUAUUUUUUAUCGAAGAGUCACUACCCCGAAUAUAUUUGGGAACAUGAGUUGCUUGCGCUAUCUAAGGUUGGAGGGUCGUUUUAUUAAAAUGCCAAAUAGUGUUGUCAAGCUCAAAUGUCUAGAGACCGUAGAUGUUAAUAAUUCCAUGAUAGGAAAUCCUUUGGCUCAUUGGGAGUCGAAACAAUUGAGACAUCUUCAUUACGGAUUGCAUAUAGAAUAUUUUGGGUUCUUUUCUAAUAUAAGCCAAUUUUGCCCAAACAACAAGUCCUCACUGCCUAAUAAUCUACAAACUUUAAUGUGGCUGCCUGAUAGAUUUUUUCAACCGAGAUUGUUGCACCUAUUGAUCAAUUUGAGAAAACUGGGUAUACAAGAAGUAUCCGAUUCUACCAUUAAGAUACUAUCAAUAUCGAGCCCUGUAACAAUUAUGCUGCCAAACACGCUGGAGAUUCUGAAGCUCUAUUUUUCCUGUCGCACGAAAGAGCAAAUAAACUUAUCGUGCUAUCAAAAUGUUGUCAAGUUGCAUUUGCGUCAUCUCAGAAUGAUGCCCAGCAGCUCUGUAGCACUCCCUCCAAAUCUUGUCAAGCUUACUCUUGUCGAUCUUAAGAUAGAUAGUCGUCUGCUCUCAGUGAUUAAGAAAUUGCCUAAAUUAAGGAUACUCACAAUGUAUGGCUGCGGAUAUAAUGAAGGGAAAAUGGAUCUCUCGAGCGAUGUGAAUGGUGAUAGCUUUCCGCAACUUGAAGUUUUGCAUUUUGUGGAUCCAUAUCAGUUGUUUGAGGUAACCUGCACGCAUGAUUUCAGUGUGCCUAAACUGAACAAGGUACUACUUGAAGGCGUCCGCUCCGAGAUUAGGCUCUCGGAACGGCUUGCACGGUUUAGAAUGAUGAAAAUCCCAAAUGUUGCAUAAGGUUUGUUUGAUACUAUAAUUAGUUAUGUUUUAUAUUAUCAAUAAGGUAUUUUUUUUCGCAGCAUAGGGUACCAAGUAAUGAUACAUAUGGUAUGGUAUUGUAAUGUAUACUAUAUUACAAUACAAUGUUUGAAUAGACGGUAUCAUUUACUGUUGUUUAAUAGUUUUGGUUUGAUGGUAUGGUGCUGUAUCGCAACUGGUAAGUUUACUAAAAUGUGCUUAAUU